AUCAUCUUCUUCUAGGGUUUGUGGUACUUAAACGCCUUCAAAAUCGUUCUUCAACUGCUCUGAAAUCUCAGUGUCGUCUUCUCCGAAGCAUAUCGAGCGUCACUCAUGGCUUUUGUCAAAGCUCAGAAGUCAAGAUCCUACUUCAAACGGUUUCAAGUCAAGUUCAAGAGAAGAAGAGAGGGUAAGACUGAUUAUCGAGCGAGGAUUCGCUUGAUUAACCAAGACAAAAAUAAGUAUAAUACUCCAAAGUACCGCUAUGUCGUGCGAUUUAGCAACAAAGAUAUAGUUGCGCAAAUUGUGUCUGCAAGCAUUGCUGGGGAUAUGGUUCUUGCGUCCGCAUAUGCUCACGAACUGCCUAACUAUGGUCUCAAAGUUGGGCUCACAAAUUACGCUGCAGCUUACUGUACCGGUCUUUUAUUGGCUCGCCGCGUUUUGAAAAAGCUUGAGAUGGACGACGAAUACCAAGGAAACGUUGAGGCAACUGGUGAAGAUUACUCUGUCGAACCCGCAGAGACCAGGAGGCCUUUCAGGGCUCUUUUGGACGUCGGUCUUAUCAGAACAACUACCGGCAAUCGCGUGUUUGGUGCUCUCAAGGGGGCUUUGGAUGGUGGCAUCGACAUCCCACACAGUGAAAAGAGGUUUGCGGGAUUUAACAAAGAUGGUAAGCAACUUGAUGCUGAGGUGCACCGCAACUACAUUUACGGUGGGCAUGUUGCUUCCUACAUGAGGACUUUAAUGGAAGACGAGCCAGAAAAGUAUCAGACUCACUUUUCUGAUUACAUCAAAGCUGGGGUUGAACCCGAUAACAUUGAAGAGCUAUACAAAAAAGUGCAUGCGGCCAUUCGUGCGGACCCCACCCCGAAGAAAUCUGAGAAGCAGCCUGCUAAGGAGCACAAGAGGUAUAACUUGAAGAAGUUGACAUAUGAUGAGAGGAAGCAGAAGCUUAUCGAGAGGUUGAAUGCUUUGAAUGCGGCAGCUGGUGGAGGUGACGAUGAUGAUGAUGAGGAAGAUGAUGAGUGAUAAUGAUGUUGAAUUGUUUGGAAAGAAGACACUUGUGGUGACUUCAGUUUUGUAUGUGUUGUUUUUUAGAAUCAAAGAUGAGAUAUUUGGAGACAUCAAAAAGAGAGAUAUCCGACAUUCUUGUUCAAAUCUUUCUUGGUGCAAUUUUUUUAAUCAGUUUUAGUUUUUGCGGUUGUCACUACUAUUUAUUAACAUCUUUGUUAAAUAUCU